AUGGCCACAUCCACCUCUAAUGCGCUUUUGCACGCUGCUCUCAGCAACUCCCCACACUCUCAAGGCACAGCAAGGCGGCCACUGAGUACCUCCAAAACUUCUCCCAUUCCUGAUAGUAGGGAACACAUACCUACGACUAUCACCACCUCCCCCCACUUGAAAUCCAUUUCUGAAACGUUGCUCAAAUCGCCAAUCAAUUCCAACACCUCAACAAUCCCCAUGUCCAAGUUUGUCUUCAAGGUUGAGACCACUCCACCUACCGUGAUUGUCUAUAUGGGCACGACAGAGUGCAUCGAUCCAACGAACCUUGUAAUCACCACCACUGACCCCACCACCACCUGCAUGACACAGACCCAAGUGUCCCUCACCAGCUCUUACACCACCACGCCUGUGACAGAGAAGCCACGGACAACCAUUACCAGUACUUAUUCCGUGACAGCUACCAAGAGAGUCACCUCAGCCGUGACCAAUUCUCCCAGUACCACCACUCCGGGGAAAUCUCCCACAACCACGACCCCGCCCUCUUCCUUUGUCCCAACAACCCACACAACCCUAGACACUCCGAUCUCCUCUGUGACCGGUACCACACAAAGGGCUAUCCCAACCGCUGCAACAUCUAAAUCCAGCCCUGUGCCCACCAGCACUGAUACAUACAUGAUAUCCACUACCAAGGGACCACUGUCCACAACCGUAGCCACUACAGAAAUAGGAAAGACGAGGAACACAACCCCUCAUGCUUCAUCAACCAGGAAAACCACAUUUAUUACAACCAGGGAUGUUGGUACAGAGUCUCUAACAACAGAGAUUAUUUCUGCUCCCCCAAUCACAAAAUCAGACACUCCCACAAAUACACUCAAUUAUUCGACAUCCACUACUUCUGCUUCAGUGACCACCAAUACCUUGACAUCACCCACCAGUAAGUCUCAGUCUUCUCCACCUGCCCAGAGCACAGAAGCAGUCCUGACCACAACCAAAAACACUACCUGA